CUACUAUAUGACUUUCAUAGAAGAAUAACAAAUUCACAAACUGUUUAUUGCUUCUAAAUCUAUGUAAUUGUGGAUUUACAGUAACAUAAGCCGUGUAGAGUAGAGUGUAUAUUUUAUAUUCAAAUACAAUUUUCGAGGUUCUACGUCUCAGCUUGUGAAAGGUGAUCGAAAUGAUGCAGCCAGAUUACCCAACAGCGAUGGGGUUGCUGGCCCAUCUCAACUCGGAUGAGUUAAAGGAAAUGCUCAACGAUGACACCAAAUUCGAUUCCGUCCUUAAAGAUGUUAAACAAGUUAAAGAUUGGGAAACUGAAAGAGAGAUGAUAAUUGCCAGCAACAGAUCCUUGGCUGAAUUUAACCUUAGCAAAGAGCCAGAUCUGGAAGAUCUUAAAAAACAGAUACAAGAGAAAUCUAAAAUGGGAGAAGAGCUGUGUAGCCAUAUACAAGAAUUGCUUAAUGAUUACAAGUCAAAAUCGGCCGGUGUAACACCAGAUACAACGCUAGCUGUAUUACAAACGGCAGCCGCAGAGUCGGAGGAACAGUCCGAGAACAUUGCGCAAGACUUUCUCACAGGCAAGAUGGAUGUUGACAAAUUCUUGGAAGACUUUGAACCGAUCCGCAAAGAGAUGCACUUGAGGAAAUUCAAAUCGGAAAAAAUGAGUGAACUGUUAAGAAUGGGUAGUCCGAGUUCAUACGUGAAUGGCGUAAGCAAGCCAUAUCUACCAUACCCAAGCUUUGGACCACAAGGUGUACCAAACAUACCAUACCCCGUUGGGCCCUUAAACAUGCCAAUGCCCGGAAUGUAUGGAAAUCACUUCUGAAAUACAGCGUUAUUUAUAAGGAAAAAAGUUGAAGCACCUAUUUAUGUCUCUUAAAAAUGAAUAUUAUUUUAAAUGUCAUACACCACAAAAUAUUUAACAUUUUAAAUUUAAGGGCUUUCUAAUCUAAAAAUUCUUUUAUAGGAAAAUAUAUAUUAAUAUAAUUUCAGUGUUAUAAAAAUGUCACAACGUAAUGAACAUUUAAAAUAUUGAUGAUCUGUUAAAUUUAAUAGUGUCAAUUGAAUUGAAAGUAAUAGUGAAUAAAUGAUAUGUAAUACAAGGUCCGCUUGAGGUGCUUGUAGAUAUGUGAUCGAGUCUAUUAGACAGACACACUAUUUUUAUUAUAGAAUUAUGAGACAUCUGUUGUUUGCCAUUUAAUCUAUAAAUUUUAUAGUUUCAAAUGUAUAUAUAAAUUUUAUUUCCUGUAUUAUGUAGAUAAAGUUUUAUCAAAACAGU